AUGGGGAGUGGGCAGCUUCAGAGGCUGUUCAGCAUUGUGAGGCCUCGCCUGGCAUUUUCCUGCUACCGGAUUCUGACUGGGUUUAGUGGCACGGAGCUGAGAGAGAUUUCCGGUUAUGUCUCCGGAUGGGGAUUGACAGGGAAGAGAGGAAAAUCUGCAAAGCUGAAGUUUGGAAUCAUUUCUAUUCAGCCUCGUGAUAAAUGUCGGAAAGACGAUCUGGAUGAAAGUCAGCUCUGUGCCAAAGGAGAUGGAGUGGAUGCAUGCCAAGGGGACUCCGGUGGUCCGUUUGCAGUCAGGUUCAGAGAGCGAUGGAUCCAGAUUGGGAUUGUGAGUUCGGGAUAUGAUGCCGCCUGUUCAGCUGACAACAUGGGAUACUACACCAACGUGGUCAGGAUGAUGGAGUGGGUCAGGGAAAAGGUCACCGACCUCCAGUUCGAUUAGUGUUUGAUCCCUGGGUUUAACCAUCGUUCAUCAUUGAUGAUCUGAGACCUUCAAAAAAACAAAGCUUCACGAAAGGACAGCACCCUCCCCUUUCUCUCCCUCUCAGGGAGGUAUCUGUACACUGACUGGUGUCUCUCAGCCCCUCUCUCUCUCAGGGAGAUUUCUGUAGACUGA